AUGAUUGCUGGUAUGGCUUGUAGUACAAUGGGAGAGUAUUCGAGUGCACAUGAACAUUUUUGCUUUGUUCAAGAUAUCUAUUUUAAUCAUUUACCUAGUGGACACGAAAGGAUAUAUGAUGUUUAUCUCUAUAAAAGUAUCAUGCAAUCGAGCAGUAAAGGAGAUACCAUUGAGUCAUUAGAAUCAAUGCAGCGAUCAUUGGAACUUCAUAUAGCUUCUUUACCUCCAGAUCAUCCUUCAGUUGCUGAUAUGUAUAACAUUAUUGCAUGGAUUUAUUUACGUCAUAGUGAUGUAGUAAAUGCCCAAAAAGCUUUGGAAACAUCCAUUGAACUUCGAUUGAAUGCUACAUUUCUAAAUCCAGUUCAUCUUGGCCACACUUAUAUUGGCCUUGGAUAUAUCUUGGGUGGCGACGAAGGUAUGUCCUAUUUAGACAAAGCAUAUUGCCUUUUCAAGGAACAUCUACCUCCGAACAAUUCAAAAUUUAUUCAACUCUACAUGUCUAAAGCAGAAAUUUAUAUAGAAAAGAAUGAACUAGAACGAGCACGAUCUUAUUUGACUGAUGCAUUAAAAAUUGAACUUGAAAUAAAACGAUCAAGACCAGGAAAUGGCUUAGCUCAUAUUUAUACACUCUUUGGAAAGAGUUAUCUGAAUGAAGGCAAGUACGCGCUAGCACUGGACUACUUACAAAAAUCGAUUAAUUUAAUCAAAGAAUUAGGACCUCAUGCAAGAUUGGAACUACUGGUAGCCUACAAUUUCUUAAAUCUUGCUCGAGUAUAUCAGGAACAAAAUAACUUAGAAUUCGCCCUCUCGUACUAUCGUCAAUCAUUGGACAUCUAUUCUCAAGUUCCUUUGAUUGAUAAAUCACGAUUGGCACUACUUCACAAUCAUAUUGCUAUCGUACUUUCAUUACAAGGGUCAUACGAAAAAGCUUUUAUACAUUUUCAGAACACUCUCGACUAUCGAUUACAAUAUCUUUCCUUUGAAUCUCAUGAGUUAUUUACAUCUUACAUAAAUCUUGCGAUUGUCUCGAAACAUUUACGAGAUGAUUUACAUUUUCUUGAAUAUUAUCAAAAAGCAUUAGACAUGAUCUAUCGUACAAAUUCCGAUGGAACUUUAGAAGCAUCUUCAAUUCACAAUGAGAUUGGUAAGUUUUGGGAAUGUAAGGGUGAAUAUACACGUGCUCUUGAAUCGUAUGAACUAGCCCUAAAAGUAAACAGACAAUUUUUAGAUGAACAUCAUCCAUCGUUCACGAUAAACUAUAAUACACUCGCUCUUAUUUACUCUGAAAUAUGUGAACAUGAAAAGGCUAUCAAUUACUUUCAUACAGCGUUUGUUCUUGAUGAACAGAAAGAGUACAAAAUGAUCCUAUUGAUAAAUAUUGGAAUGGAAUAUCUUCAGUUGGAACAAUAUGAAAAAGCAGAACUUUACUUCGAAGAAGUCCUUUUGCUGUUUAAACGAGGCAUUUUCCUUCAAGAAGAAGAUAGGAAAAGCCAAUUGCUCUAUGCGACUGCUUUCGAAUCUCUGGCACGUGUCAAAGGACGACAAAGGCAAUAUCAAGAGGCAGAAAAACUGUGCCGAAUCGCAUUCAGUUUACGAUUGGACGACUUGUUAGUUAGUGCUAUCUCAUUCGUUACUUUCGGAAGUCUACUAAGUGACCAGGGUGAUUUUGAUGGUGCUGUCAUUUGUUUUCAUAGAGCAGAAAUGGCCCUCAAAGGGCUUGAUGCUUAUCAUCCGGGUUUGGCUAAAAUUUAUGCAUUUCGAACAGGCUCUGCAUAUUACAAUAAAAAACAACUUGAUAAAGCUCUAGCAUACUACCAGAUGGCCUUGGAAUUAACAAUCAGAGUAGCUCCUGGUAAUCUAAAGCAAAUUGAACGGAUACGAUAUGGCAUUGAUAGGGUCAUGGAUCAUACUCUUGAUGUAAAUUAAUCGAUCCUAUCAACAUUAUUCAAAACAUCGCGGAGGGCGUGAGUAUGGGUGUGCAGUUUGGACGUGGUUGAAGACUAGAUCCACAUCCUAUUAAUUCUUCCUAUCGUUUAACAUUUAAAUAUGCUGGAUUGUAAAGUGUUGUAAAACAUAAAAUUUGAACACGAUGCAAAAUUUUUUUAUUAGUUUUUCAAAUUUAUCAAAACAAAUAUAAUCAAGUUUAAGAGAAAUAUAUUUUAAAUAUUUUAAUUUAACAGGAGAUAAUUUCUAUUUCUAUAUAAUCAGAUUUAACAAGAGGAUUAAUUGAUAAAUAAUGAAGCUAAGGAAAACAAGAUAAUAAAUUAUUAAACGGAAAACAACCAUCUAUUAUAAAAUAUUCAAUAGGACUAUAAGCAUAUUCAACAAAAUGAACAGAUAAUGGUGUUUCUGGAUUUUUUUUUUCGUCAAAAAUUAAACUUUUCCUAAUCGAAAUCUUCUAAAUAUUUAUUAAGAAAUGACACAAAGUUGCACCUGAAGAAUAAUGUGCACAGGAAUUUCGUAAGUGGCCGUAUUUUUUUUUUUUGACUUUGGAAAAUAUAUGAUUUUGUAGCUUUUUAAAAAGGCUAGUAAAUGAGCAAUAACCAACCAAUUGACGAUUUAUAAUUAUAUAUGGGAUUGAAACUCCAUCAAAGAGCUGCUGGAUUCAUAAUUUUAGUAGUAUUUUGUCUUGUCUGCUUAUUCUUAAAUUGAAUCUACUAUGAUACGAUGAAUUAUUAGAAAAAUGACUACUUUGUUGAUAGCUUUCAGAUUUUAAAAUUUGAUCAAAAUUUAAUGAAAUUUGUACCAAAAUGUUAGUUUCAACAUGCUUGUCCCAUUAAUACACGAUUCAAUGGGGUUAACCAAGAAAAGUAUUAAUAGGGCGGUUGACCUUCUUAUGCAUCGCCUCCUUUCACUAAUAUCUUUUGUUACUAUUUGUUAACCGGCAUUUUGUAAAAAAAAAACAACACAUUUAUUUAUAAAUAACUGUCAGAUCGACCAUUUAUAUAUUACUUGUUGGACUUAAAAAGAACAAAAUAAGAAAAAAAUUACGAUUUGACUUAUAAAAAUUUAUUUACCUGGUAUAUAGAAUUAUUUCAAAACAAAAAUUCAAUCUUACGCUUGUGAUGUAACUCGACCAUCUCAUUUGAUUUUUUUUUCCUUUUAAUAUUCGUGCUGGUACAAUAGGUAUUGAUGGUCGGGAAUGAGUUAUCCUAUUCGAAAGAACGUGAAAAGUUAUGUUCAAAACCAAAUUUUUAGUUCUUUCUGGAAAUCCUUCUAAAAGAUAUGAAGAGAUCUUUGAACCCACCCUCAAGUACUGUUUGGAUGUAGGUAUUUGUAUUCAUUUCACCCACCCUAUCACUACUUGUCAUCAGAAAUGUUAUAGAUGUUGCAUAGUCGUAAUAACACGUUAUGCGAACGUAUAUGAUCAGAUGUUCAAUUCAAAACUAUCUCUUUGAAUUCUCCCAUUCUAUACUUUUUUUUCACUCUUUCAACUUUGUAUAUUUAACUAUAAAUACAUAGUUUGUAUCAGAGACUAAUUAAAAUUUUAAUUAAAUUUUUGUGUGUCUAUAUGCUAAAUUUAUCGAUUUAGAGGAAUUUGAAAACUUCAAAGCGGAGCUACAGUACACAGUAGAAGCUGCAUUUUUUAAAAAGCAAUAUUUUUUCUUAUCAAUUGGUGAAGGUAGAAGUUUUUGAAUUUGUAUAAUUAACAUUGCUUGGAGGAAGAUGUACAUGUUAUAAAAACGAGUACAACAAAUUGCUAUUUUCAGUCGAUCUCUAUCUCAGUUGGCAGAUCUUCAUUGUAGUUAAUAAUCCUUAAACUUAGUUGGAUCAAUUCCAUAACUUUUGACUCAUAAAAUCAUGAUACUUUAUUUCUUCACUCCAGCUUUUCAAAGUCAAUUGUCAUGUCAAUUAACGAAACAAAUACUGUAUAAAACUAGAAAGCUCUAUUAGGUUUGUGGACAGAGAAGUAAUCAUGAAAACAGCUGCACAUAGAUCUACUUUCAAAUUAUUCAUCUUAAAAUAAAUUAAUAGAAACUGACUUUUUUAAAAUAAAAUACACAGGAUAAAGAGAACAUAAACCCUAUACUGAAAUAAGCUUUAUUGGCUCAUAUUUGAGACUUGAUGAAUGGAUUGCUGCUGAAUCGAAUAUAGAGAACGAUUUCGGUGCACGCACAUGUUUACAUUGAAGAGAAAGUAGAAAAUCAUCAAGAGUAUCUCCUUUUUGUUUUCAUUGACAGAAUGAUAAAUGAAAUUAUUCAAUGUGUACAUGUUCUCUUUUCGAAGGCUACACUAUGUCAUCAACAAGGUUACAUGUUAUCAUUUUUUCUUCAUAGAUUUUGCAAUCAAAUAAUUAUUAAACAGCACAUAUUAAUAUUUGGUGAUAUAAUCAAUUGAUUUAUUUCAUUGAAAAAAACUUU